GAAUAUCCAUCCUUCUUUGCCAUCUCUAUAAAUCUCUUUUGAGUUCUCUCUCAUGGCUACUAAGCAUUCCCUAAUGACCAUCCUACAAAAAAACGUGCAGACUCAGAGCCCAUUAACCAUGUCUGAUGAGCAGAUAUUGGAGCAAAUAUACUCAACCCAUGUCCACUCUGACACCAAAUUUGAUGUUCAGUCUCUCUUCACUCUCGUCGACAACACCCUUAAGCGCUCCACCUCCAUUGUUGACAAUGUUGUCCAGGGCUCCAAAACAAGCACCGUGGAGCUCCACGCAGAGGAUAAGAACGCCGAACCUAAUUUCAACUCACCACUUUGUACCCUCAAACAAAUUUCGCACGAGAUGUCUUGCAAACCUCCGGGUGAGGAAAUUGCUCACAAGACCACAGUUGCCAUUCUCAACAAGCUCUCAAACUAUGAGUGGGACGCAAAAGCGGUUCUCACACUUGCCUCUUUCGCUCUCGAGUACGGUGAGUUUUGGCUGCUGGCUCAGCAGCAGCCAACAGAUCUUUUGGCCAAGUCAGUGGCUGUGCUUAAAAGAGUACCGUUACUUGCAAGGCCGGCCGCGGUGCAGAAGCACCGUGAGGCCAUCAUCGAGCUCAACAAUCUGGUGAAAACAGCAUUGCAAGUGAUUGAGUUGAUCUUUGCUUUGGAGAAGCUCACAAGUUAUGACACUAAAGAUGUGCCUGCUUUGUUGCCUGCUAUUGAGCAAAUCCCUGUUGAUGUAUACUGGUCUAUCAUCACUGUUGUGGCCAUUGUUACUCAGAUUGAUUGCCUCACCACUCAAUCAGAGCAUAAGCAGGAACUGUCCUACUAUGGUCAAAAGAUCAACAUCAUCCUUAGCAAACUCAGGAAGCAAAUCACUCUCUGCAAUCUACAGAUAGAGGAGGCAGAAUAUAUUCGCAAGCUCAGGAAACUUUUCCAAACCCCAGUUGAAAUCAUGGAGGUGUUUAGGUUUCUCAUUUUUCCAAAGGAUGCCCCACAGCAACUGUUUGACUGUGCUACUAAAACCACGGUUGACAUCAGUGUAAUAAAGAGGAAGAAUGUGUACUUGAUCAUAUCCACCCUUGACAUCACGGAUGAAGAAAUCUCAGUUCUGAGGCCAGUUUAUGAUUACACCAAAAGUCAUGAUCAGUACAAGAUCGUGUGGAUUCCGGUGGUGGAAACGUGGACGGAGCAACUGCGGAAGAAAUUCGAGGCUCUGAUGACAAAGAUGCCAUGGCUUGUGGUUACGCACUUUGGAAGCAUUGCAGGGUACAAGUACAUCAGGGAGGAGUGGCAUUUCAAGAAGAGGCCUUUGGUUGUGACGCUGAACCCUCAAGGCAAGGUGCUUCACUCCAACGCCUUCUAUCUCAUCCAUGCCUAUGGAAUGAAGGCCUUCCCCUUCACCAUUGCCGAUCAAGAAAGGAUUGACAGAGAAAUUCAUUGGGUUAGUUCUGUUGUUGGCGAUGUUCACCCCGCGGUAACUGCCUGGAUUCAACAGCACAAGUACAUAUUCUUCUAUGGAGGCAAAGACAGAGAAUGGAUCGAACAGUUCACAAAGUACGCAACCAUACUUGUAAACGACGCUACCCUAAAGUCCGCAAACAUUUCAAUAGAAUUGUUCUGCGUGGAGAAGCAAGACAAGAGCCUCCUAAGCCGCUUCUGGAGCGGAAUUGAGAGCAUGUUCGUCACCAAGUAUCACAGGACCGUUGAUGCGGUCACACAAGAAGUGCAGAGGAUGCUCUCCUACAAGAACGAGACAGGGUGGGCCCUACUCACCAAAGGCUCCUCCGUGGUUCUUAGUGGCCAUGGAAACACGGUGUUGAAGACGGUUGCGGAGUUUGAGAAGUGGAAGGAGAUUGUGAUCAGGAAAGGGUUUGAGUUCUCAAUUAAGGAGUAUCAUGAGAAGAUAGUGCGCACUACUCACCGCUGCUCCCACCUUGAGAUUCCUAACGUCGCCGGGAAGUUGCCGGAGACUAUAAAGUGCCCUGAUUGCCCCAACACUAUGGAGAUUUACAUCAGUUACAAGUGCUGCCACACUGGGAACACCGCUAAUGACAAACACUAGCUACCUAUAUUGAGAGCUGAAUCAGUUGUUUGAGUCUUUGUUUAUGUUUCUUUUAUUUCAUGCAUGUAUCUGUCUUCACUCUUCAGGCUUUGAAACCCUUUAAGAGAGAGCUAUUCCUAUAGUUUCCUUUGUGGUUGUGUGUGAGGAUUAAGCUUCUCUUGAGAAAUAAUUAACUACAUAUGCAUGGUUGUGUCACUUCAGAAAUUAUGUGUUUCUUCCUACCUAUGUAAUGUAUGUUGCCGCGGUCAA